CCCGCCCCUACCCCCGGCGAAGGAGACGGAAGCGGCUUUGGCCCGACGGGAUCGUGAGCGGCGUCACUCCGCUCUUCCCCCCGGCCCGGCCUGGGCCCCGUACCUCCGACGAGAUGUCAGAAGACCUUGCUAAGCAGUUAGCUAGCUACAAAGCUCAGCUUCAGCAAGUUGAGGCUGCCUUAUCUGGGAAUGCAGAAAAUGAAGACUUACUAAAACUGAAGAAAGACUUACAGGAAGUCAUAGAACUAACCAAAGAUCUUCUUUCAACGCAACCUUCGGAAACUCUUACAAGUUCUGACAGUUCUGCUUCUGCUCUGCCCAGUCACUCCUGGAAGGUUGGAGAUAGGUGCAUGGCAAUAUGGAGUGAGGAUGGACAGUGUUAUGAAGCUGAGAUUGAAGAAAUAGAUGAGGAGAACGGAACAGCUGCGGUCACGUUUGCUGGCUAUGGCAACGCUGAAGUGACACCUCUGUUCAACCUAAAGCCUGUGGAAGAGGGAAGAAAAGCAAAAGAGGACAGUGGCAACAAACCCAUGUCCAAAAAAGAGAUGAUAGCCCAGCAACGAGAGUAUAAAAAGAAGAAAGCUUUGAAAAAAGCUCAGAGAAUUAAAGAACUCGAACAAGAACGAGAGGACCAGAAAGUCAAGUGGCAACAAUUUAACAACAGAGCCUACUCUAAAAACAAAAAAGGCCAGGUAAAGAGGAGUAUUUUUGCCUCCCCUGAGAGUGUAACUGGCAAAGUUGGAGUUGGAACGUGCGGAAUUGCAGACAAACCUAUGACACAGUAUCAAGAUACCUCCAAAUACAAUGUUAGGCAUUUGAUGCCUCAGUAACAGGGGGAAAAGGUGGAAUUUCAUCUCUGCAGGGCUUUACACUUAUCUUUUUAUCAUUAUAUUUUUCUAAAAGUAAAUUAUUUGUUAGCACAUAGCAAAUAGUCCCAUUUUGUCACCAUCACUUUGGCUUCAGCUGAUACAAGCCUUAAAUCCCCAGAUAUUGAUUUGACACCCCUCC